AUCGCGGCUGGACUUGCUGUGCCGCUGUUGUUUCUAUUUUGGGCUAUUGUGUGGUCUGGUUGCGGGGCUGUUCCACUCCACAGGGCGGGCCCAAAUCCUAGUCGGUAACUUGGUAUGGCAUUUUUAGUUGUUUGCUUUCUUCGCUUAGCUCCGGUGCUCUGCCGCUCGAUUCCGUUUCUAUUAACCGUCAACUCCGCUUCUUAGACUCCGCCGAGCCGACACUUUCCUCCGACCACCUGGAUUGGUCACAGACGACUGAACUUCGCCAUUAUCUAUUUUUUCAUCACAGUUUCUUGGUUUCGUCGCUGCCUCUCCCUGGAGCACUCUUCUCUCUUCCCCUUUUGGCGGUGCAGCUAAAUGUGUCUGACUUCCCGUGAAUACAGUUUCUAUUGUUGUUACAAUAACUUGUGAAAUGAAGAUAAUAGGGAUAAUGUCUGGCUGGAUUUUAAAGGUGCUGUAAGAACAACUGAGAAGAUUUUGGUUUCUUCAGAUGAUGAAACCUUGUAAAGGCAGAAGCAGUUUUCCAUGAAUUCAGUGGGAGUUUCUUUCCGUAACCAGCGGUCUUUCUCCUCCUCUUCAACCUCAUCAUCCUUGCUUCCGUGGAUCUCCCCUCUUCAAUUCCUAAAAGCCAACUCCCAAAAACGAGAUCCUCCUCCAGAAAUCCCAUAUACCUUAACGGAAUCUCAAAGGAAACCAAGAUUUGUCUCUCACGAGACUGCCAUCAACUUGAUCAAACGUGAGAGAGAUCCACAGCGGGCCUUAGAAAUAUUUAACAGGGUAUCAGAGCAGAAGGGUUUUAGUCAUAAUAAUGCCACCUAUGGGACCAUCCUUCAUAAGCUUGUGCAGUCAAAGAAGUUUCAGGCCAUUGACUCAAUUCUUCGUCAAAUGACCUAUGAAACUUGUAAAUUUCAUGAAGGUGUCUUCCUCAAUCUCAUGAAGCAUUUUUCUAAGUUUUCUUUACAUGAUAGGGUACUUGAGAUGUUCUAUGCAAUUCAGCCAAUUGUUCGUGAAAAACCGUCAUUGAAAGCUAUCAGUACUUGUCUUAAUCUCCUGAUUGAAUCAAACCAGGUUGAUUUGGCCCGACAUUUUCUUUUGAACUCCAAGAAAUCUCUCAGGUUGAGACCCAACACAUGCAUUUUUAACAUCUUGGUUAAACAUCAUUGUAAGAAUGGAGAUCUUGAAUCUGCCUUUGAAGUUGUAAAGGAGAUGAAAAAGUCCAGGGUUUCCUAUCCCAAUCUGAUUACCUACUCAACCUUGAUGGGUGGUCUCUGUGAAAGUGGCAGACUUAAAGAAGCAAUUGAAUUGUUUGAGGACAUGGUUGCUAAGGAUCAGAUAUUGCCAGAUGUCCUAACUUAUAAUAUCUUAAUUAACGGCUUCUGUUGCAGAGGGAAAGUUGAUCGGGCUAGAAAAAUAAUGGAGUUUAUGAAGAACAAUGGAUGCAAUCCUAAUUUAUUCAAUUACUCUACCCUAAUAAAUGGGUUUUGCAAGGAGGGAAGGUGGCAAGAGGCCAAGGAGGUUUUUGUUGAGAUGGAGAGCAUAGGUCUGAAACCUGACACAAUUGGGUAUACUACAUUGAUUAAUUGCCUUUGUAGGGCGGCUCAAAUUGAAGAAGCAAUGGAAUUGCUUAAGGAAAUGAAGGAAAAGGAAUGCCAAGCUGAUGUUGUGACUUUAAAUGUAUUACUUGGGGGAUUAUGCAGAGAAGGGAGGUUUCAAGAUGCACUUCAGAUGCUCGAGAAACUGCCAUAUGAAGGUGUUUACUUGAAUAAAGCAAGUUACAGAAUUGUAUUGAAUUCAUUGUGCCAGAAAGAUGAAAUGGAAAAGGCAGCUAAGCUGGUGGGUCUGAUGCUGGAUAGGGGGUUUGUGCCACAUUAUGCAACUUCAAAUGACUUGUUGAUUCGCCUUUGUAAAGCUGGAAUGGUUGAUGAUGCAGUUACGGCUUUGGUAGGAUUGGCAGAAACUGGGUUUAAACCAGAACCGCAUUGUUGGGAGUUUCUGACUGAAUUGAACUGCAAAGAAAGGAAAUUGCUGUCUGUUUUUGAACUACUGGAUGAGUUAGUAAUAAAAGAAUCUGGACAGAGAUCAUUUUCUCCGAUAAACUAUCUGGAUUAUAAUUUUUAGGCUUUAUUCUUUUUAAAGAAUUUGAAGGCACUCUUAUGUGUAAAACUAUCAUUUUGUAAUGCAACAAAUACUUGUUUGAUUGAAAAGUUAAACAUAAUGUGAUAUGCAUUUGAUUUAUGAAGAA